CUGUCGUCCCAGCAUCCUUUGCGUGUCCAAUAUGGAAGAACUGGCGGUGGAGGUCCGGGGCUCCAACGGGGCUUUUUAUAAGGGCUCUGUCAAAGACAUCCAUGAUGACUCUCUCACCAUUGCCUUUGAGAACAAUUGGCAGCCAGAACGCCAGGUGCCCUUCAGUGAUGUCCGCUUGUUACCACCCCCUGAUGCCAAGAAGGACAUUGGAGAGGGCGAGGAGGUGGAGAUCUUGUCCAGAGCCAAUGAACAGGAGCCUUGUGGUUGGUGGCUGGCUAAAGUCCGCAUGAUGAAGGGAGAUUUCUAUGUCAUUGAGUAUGCGGCCUGUGAUGCCACCUACAACGAGAUAGUGACCUUUGAGCGCCUGCGUCCAGUAAACACCAACAAGGUCAUCACCAAGAACACCUUUCACAAGUGCACUGUCCCUGUUCCUCAGGAUCUACAAGAAGCGUGCCAGAGUGAGAAUGCCCACAAGGAUUUCAAGAAAGCUGUGGGAGCCUGUCGCAUCACAUACUGCCCCGAGACCAGCCAGCUAGUGAUUGUGUCCACCAAUGAGUCAACAGUGAAACGCGUGUCUUUGCUGAGUGACAUGCAUCUGCGUAGCCUCAGGACAAAGCUGCUGCUGAUGUCACGCAACCAGGAGGCUACAAAACACCUGGAGAGCUCAAGGCAGCUGGUGUCGUCCUUCCAGGAGGAGUUCACGGUGAGACUGGAUCUGAUGGGCCUGGCCAUCGGCAGCCACGGUAGCAACAUUCAGCAAGCUCGGAAAGUUCCAGGAGUCACUGCCAUUGAACUGGAUGAGGAGACUGGCACUUUCAGGAUUUAUGGGGAGACAGCAGAGGCAGUGAAAAAGGCCAGAAACUACCUAGAAUUUCUAGAGGAUUUUGUCCAGGUGCCAAGGAACCUUGUUGGCAAAGUGAUCGGUAAGAAUGGUAAGGUCAUCCAAGAGAUUGUGGACAAGUCUGGUGUGGUGAGGGUCAGGAUAGAGGGAGACAAUGACACCAAACAGCCCCGACAAGAAUUGACGCAGGGAAUGGUCCCCUUCACCUUUGUUGGUACGAAGGAGAGCAUUGGCAAUGUCCAGGUCUUGCUUGAGUACCACAUCUCUUACCUAAAUGAGGUUGAGCAGCUUCGUCUGGAGCGAAUGCAGAUCGAUGAACAGUUGCGUCAGAUCACCCAGGGUCACCGACCAGCUGACAGGGAGAGAGGAGAGCGAGGAGAGAGAGGAGGUGGUUAUAAUGCAGAGAGCAAUGCCAAUGCCUCUUCAUCCACCUCGCAUGGCAGCCGCUCCUACAACAGUCGCGGCCGUGGACGCAGAGGCCACGGGUAUAACACUGGAUAUGGCACCAACUCGGAGCAGUCCAAUGCCUCUGAGACUGAUUCGGAGCGCAGGGAUGAACUCAGUGACUGGUCACUGGCAGGAGAGGACCAGGACCGGGACAGGGAGAGAGGCUCACGGCCACAGAGAGAUGGUCGCCGCAGGCCAGGACCCGGCCGAGGCCGUGGAGGACCUGGAGGAAGGGGAAGAGGUGGAAGAGGAUACAGCAACAGCAACAGCUCUGCAGGGCUUCAGGACCAUGAGGACAACCAUGCCUAUGCAGUCUUGGAGACAAACACGGAAACAGACCAGACAGCCGAUACAGACGCAAGUGAGUCCAACUUGCCCGCAAACCGUCGGAGGAGGUCUCGGAGGCGCAGGACAGACGAGGAUGCCACACUGAUGGAUGGCAUGAGCGAGUCGGACAACGCUUCAAUGAGUGAAAAUGGAAUGGAUGAUUCAGAAGCUAAACCUCAGCGUCGUAACCGUAGCCGGCGUCGCCGCCUCCGCCUGCCUGAGGAGAGGCAGCCAGUGACUGUGGCCGACUACAUAUCCAGGGCUGAAUCUCAGAGCAGACAGACGAACUCCAAGGAACCCAAGAAAAACAAGGAUGUGGGUCAGGUGGACACCAUCGCUGAGCACAGCCCGCAGCCUGCCGUGGACACCAUCGCCGAGCACAGCCCGCAGCCUGCCACGGACACCACAGCCACCAACGGCUCCAAAAACAAUGACGUGGACGAUGCUGAUGCUCCCAACGGUGAAGGCAACAGUACGGACAGAACUCCCAUGUCUUCCAAUAAGAGGCCGACCCACGUGUCAUACGACGACUCUGACCCACAGCUUGUGGUUAACGGCGUCUCCUAGGCAGACCAUGGCAAAGGAAAUGAUUUCAAAUAUUUGAGAUUCUGUGGCUGCACUGAAUGUCCCUGUCUUUUGAAGCAGCCUGGGGAAACAUCUUUGACACGAAGCACUGUCCUUUUUUUACUUUUCAAAUAUUUGAAAUCUCUUUCACUGCUCAAGUUUUUGUGGUCUGAACCCAAACUCACAGUAACACGUGUUCAACCUUCCACUUUAUUACAUUUUAUACAAUAGUUCUUCCUGUAUGAGCUUGCCAAAGAUAGUCAAUCAUACACACACACAUACAUGCGUACUAACAGCUCCUCUUAACUGUAUCUUUCAGUCCACUCUUCACUGAGAGGUGGGACUGUACACAGUACUUCAAACGCAGACAGGGACUCCACUCAAACCCAUAAUGUGGUGUCAAUGCAGCAGUACUGUUUUUAUUGGUCUAACUAAUAUCACAGGGUUUUAGCGUAUGAAAGUCCAUUUUACGAGGUGUACGCAGAAAAAGAUGCUUCCACGACCUUUUUUGUCAGAACAUUUUUUUGUUCCAUCUGAGGUAGUUUGUAACUUCAGUGUUCUGCAUGAACAAGUACCACGGUGCAGACAGGUUUGUCGGAAACCCCAACGUACCGUAUGUUUAACAUACGUGUGAUCAGCUGUUGUGCCUUGAGAGUAGAUUGAACAUGUCGUUGCCUGGCUCUGCACACCAUCUGAGAUCCUCUCUGUUAACUUGGUUGCCUUUUGUCCGUCACGGUUGAAGCAGACGAGCUGUAGACGGGUGCAGGUUAACGCUGAGAGUCCCAGAAAGGAUUUCAGAGGCAUAAUCUUUUUAAAUUCAGGUGUGUCUAUUCUUAAUGUUUGUGGGGCAAUUGUGCCCAAUUAUCCUUUAUAUAUACAGUAUAUAUAAAUAUAUAUAUCUGUUGAGGAGUUUGACAUUAGCUGCUUUGUUUUUCAAUAUGCAACCACUUGGGUCAUAGAGGAAUUGUGAUUAUAGAGUGUCUGGAGAUGAAACAAACUAGAAGAGUUGUUUUCUUGCACUGAAAUGUAACCCUGUCUUUUUUUUUUUUUUUUGUCUAAAACAAUGAUUGUAGUCAAGUUUGGAGACUGACCUGUUACUGUUAAGUGCUGGACAGAGAUGUAGCCAUCAUUGCUGGGUCUCCUAGAAACAUCUCAGUAUGACAAAAGGGACAGUGAUGCCAGGCCCUCCCAGAAAUUGAACAUAAUCAUUGAAUCAAAUAUAUGGUCGUCUUUUGAAAUCAGUAUUUAUUUUACAGAAUUCUAAUUGAAGCAGGAAUAAACCAGAACUAUGCUGAGAUGUUUCAGGAAAACCAAGCCGAGUUGAUGACGAUGACACUUUUGAUUCUUCCACAGACUGACUGGCUGGAAACUGGUCCUGACUGUUCCACAUAGGAAGAUUUAUUUGGUUUAUUUAUUUAAAACAAUGUACAGUAUUUAAAAAAAAACAAAACAAAAAAAUCAAGAAGCUCUUUUUCUUUACACUAAACCAUGACACCUAGGGGUUACUUUAGAGACAAAUGACAAUUUGGACUACUGAGUGUUGUGACAUCCAGUAUGUUUUUUAAAGGAUCAUUCUGGUUGGUUGAUGUGCAAUAUGUUUUGUAUGCACGUAGUUCUUAAAUAAACUUGAUCUUUCAUGUAGAUCCAA